AUGUCGGGAGUUGAACUUGAUCUUGUUUGUCCAGAAAUUGAUGUUGAUGAUUUUUCGUCAGUAUCAAAAUCCAAUCAACCUGAAAAUACCUUCGUUGAAGAAGAUCAAAUAUUGGAACAUAGUGAUGAAAUAACACAUGUCGUCAAUAACCUUGAAACUCAAAUAUCAAAUGAAAAUAUUCUUACAACAACCAAUCAUUGUCCUAAUGAAGAAUCUAUUGAUUCACAACCGAGAAUAAUACAAGAAAAUGAACAAUAUAAAUCAACAUCAAUGAAUGUUAUACAAACUCCAAGUGAAGUACAAACAAUAUCAAUUAAUGAUGAAAAAGAAACUAAUGCUUUACAAAAUAUAUUUAAUGAUACUGUUUAUUUUUUAAUUAAAAGUGGAAAUGAAGAAAAUGUUUCAUUAGCUAAAGCUAAAGGUGUAUGGUCAACACCACCUGCAAAUGAAAAUAAACUUAAUCGAGCAUUUCGACAACGUCGAAAUGUUAUUUUAAUUUUUUCAGUUGCUGAAAGUAAAGCAUUUCAAGGUUUUGCACGUAUGUCAUGUGAAGCUCGUCAUGAUAGUCAACCAAUUAAUUGGGUAUUACCACCUGGCAUGAGCAAUCGAGCUUUUUCUGGUGUUAUUUAUAUUGAUUGGGUCUCUCGACGAAGUUUACCAUUUAAUCAAACUCUACAUUUAUUUAAUUCAUGGAAUGAAAAUAAACCUGUUAAAAUUGGACGAGAUGGACAAGAAAUUGAACCACGUUGUGCUGAAGCUUUAUGUCGUUUAUUUCCAUCUGAUCCAACAAUUGAUAUUAUAUCAAUAUCAAGAAAAGCCGAUAAACAUAAAUUAUCACGAUCACCAUUAACAAUAAAUCCAACAGAAGAUAUAAAUCAUCGUUCAUCUACAUCUGUUGAUCGUCAUAGACGUCAUCGAUCAAGAAGUCGAGAACAUAACAGUAAAGAACCACAUCGUAAACGACGACAUCGAUCACCAUCAGCACAUUCGGAUCAUGGUAAUAAACGUAGUCCAAAUCGAAAACAUUCACAUCGUAGUAAUGGUGAUCCACCAUUACCUAAUAAUCUCGAUAAAAGAAUGUCACAUAUAAUGGCUAAUGGAACAUAUGAAGAUUAUGUAAAAUAUAUGCUUGAAACUCAAACACCAUAUACUGGAUAUACACCAACUAUGUUUCCAUCGACGACCUAUCCAAUGGUUUAUGAUCCAACUGGUCUUUAUACAAUGGGAUAUGAUUCACAUAGUAUACAUAGUGGAGUUUAUAAUAAUGAUCCAAUGAAUAUGUAUUUACCUCAGCCACCAUCAUCAUCAUCAUCCAUAUCUCAAAAUCCAACUGAAUACGAACAAGAAAUAAAUGCAUUUCUUCGUCAUACAACAUCAUCAUCACAUAAAGAAAAUGAUAAUGGAAAUAGAUCACAUCGAAAUCAUCAUUAUCAUCAUCAUCAUAAUUAUCAAUCAUCAUCUCGGCAUCGUUCAAAAUCUCGUGAAUAUCGUCAUUAG